AUGGCGUGGGACCAUCUUUCAAUCACCAAGCCGCACUUGGUGUACAUCAUCUUGGGCGGCUUUACCACUCUCUUCAUGCUCUGUUCUUCUAUUAUCAAGGAGCGCAUGUACAUUGGCGAGGCCACAGUCGCGACCAUCUGUGGAAUCAUCUUCGGGCCUCAUGCGGCGAACCUGAUUGACCCCAAGAGCUGGGGUAACGUCGACCUCGUCACCAUCGAAUUCUCCCGUAUCGUUCUUGUCGUCCAAUGUUUCGCCGUCGGUGUCGAAUUGCCCAAGUUUUACAUGGAGAAGCAUUGGAAGUCAGUGGCCUUGUUGUUGAUUCCCGUUAUGACCUUUGGCUGGCUCAUUGUGAGCUUGUUCAUCUGGUGGCUAAUUGACCCCUUGUCAUGGCUCGAGGCGCUGGUCAUCGCCGCCUGCGUCACUGCUACCGACCCCGUUUUGGCCUCUUCCGUCGUCGGCAAGGGAAAGUUCGCCAAGCGCGUCCCCAAGCACUUGCGAGACAUCCUCUCGGCUGAAUCAGGAUGCAACGACGGCAUGGCCUUCCCUUUCGUAUACCUUGGAAUUUACCUCAUCCAGGAGCACAUGGACGCCAAGAAAACGACGUUCCACUGGAUCGUCUACACGAUUCUGUACGAAUGUAUCUUUGGCGCCAUCUUUGGUUUUGUCGUUGGCUACAUUGCCCGCCAUGGUAUCAAGUACGCUGAAAAGCACGAUCUUAUCGAUCGCGAGAGUUUUUUGGUGUUCUACUUUGUGCUUGCGCUGUUCUGUGCCGGUGCAGGCAGCUUGCUCGGCAUGGACGAUCUACUAGUCGGUUUCGCCGCAGGUGUAGGCUUCUCGAACGACGGAUGGUUCGCUGCCAAAACGGAAGAAUCCCACGUUUCCAACGUCAUCGAUUUGUUGAUCAACUUGGCCUAUUUCGUCUUCCUCGGAACCAUCAUCCCUUGGGAGCAGUACAACAACGUUGCUGAGGGCCUUACCCCCUGGCGACUGGUUGUAAUUGCCAUUUUUGUUAUUCUCUUCCGUCGCAUUCCCGCCAUGCUAUUGUUGAAACCAUUCAUACCAGACAUCAAGACUUGGCGCGAGGCUCUGUUCGCCGGCCACUUCGGCCCUAUCGGUGUCGGUGCCAUUUUCGUCGCGAUUCUGGCUCGUGCCGAGCUGCAAUGGGAGACUGCGGUUCCGCUAUCGGACAUUCCACCAGAGGAGAUUGAGCAUAGGACUCUCGUCGCCGUCAUCUGGCCCAUUGUUACAUUCCUCGUCAUCGCCUCCAUUAUCGUGCACGGUUCUUCGGUUGCCGUCUUCACUCUUGGAAAGCGCAUCAACACCUUGACGAUCACCAUGUCCUACACGACCGCACCCGAGGAUGGUCCCACCUGGAUGAACCGCCUGCCGAGGAUCUCUUCGCAAUCCCGAUCGCAAGCCCGAACCAUGUCUGAUACCGACGGAGACGACCUAAAAAUGCCAGAUUUCCCGCCCGGCACCCUGCCUCCUGUGGGCUUCCCCGGCGCAUUUUUGCGACGCCAGAAAGAAGAGGAUGGUUCCAAGUCAAGAGGUCGUUCAACGUCCCGGAACCGCCGCAAGAGCCGGAAGUGGGAGGACGGCCUUGGACCUGGGGGACCUGUUUCCCAGUCCGCCAUUUUCCCUACCAGACGUGAGCCGUUGCUCAAUGAGAAGGAGCCUUCAUCCCCCGAAAACAGUGACAACGCAGUGCCACCAAGGCGGGAUUCUGAAAGAGGUCGCGAGAGAGACCCUGAGAAAGACGAUGAGAUCACGCCCUCCCCCGAAGAAGGCUCUAGUCGAACUCAGACCCCGCCCAAGGUCCAGAUCUACGAGGAAGGAGACCACUUGGUGGUUGAAAAUGAGGAUGGAGACGUUUUAACUGUCGAACGAUCUAAUAAAGGAUCGGCAGCAGCUGACGGCAAGCCAGUCCAAACGGAUAUGGCUGCAUUAGCCGCUCUGAAAUCAAAGCAAGACGAAAAGUUCGAUUGGACCUUCGACUCCUUCAAGCGCAAAGUUGAAGACGUCUACACUCAAGAGGUGGAGAAGCGCAAGGAAAAGAGCAAGUCUGAGAGACGCCACGAGCCCGCUCGCGCAUUCCAGUUUGGCAACACUGUCAUUGUUGAGGAUGAGGAUGGUGAAGUUAUCAAGACGUACGAGUUACCAUCAACCAAAACCGGAAAGGAAAUCGGAGGCAUCACACAACAGAGUCUUAAGUACCUUGGCAUGGGUGGUUUGUUGAAGGCAUCUGAGAAGGCCGCAGCUGAGGCCGCCAAUCAAGGCGAGUCCAGUGCUGCGGGUGCUGCUAAGGCGCCUCCCAAGUCAGGAUGGCAAGGUAUUUUCAGAGGCGGCGACAGCGAGAAGCCCAAGAAGAACGCAGCAGAGGAGGAGCAAAACGAUGACCGACACAUUAGAUUCACCAUCGGCGGAGUUGGUCAGCGCAUGACGAAGGAGGACUUCAUCCGGGAGGUGCAGAAACUUGACGUGAAGACCCGUCGUGAGGUUGUGGACCAGUCGACCGCAUCUCAGCGCGUCAAGUCGAUAGCAAAGGGAGAUGUUCCUUCGCCGGCAGACAUUCCCACUAUACAAAUCGGAGGCGACUCCGUCGAGAAGCGAUCCGGCUCCCACUCGCUAAGGCGCGGGGACAGCAGUUCAGCGAAGGCACCUGUCCGCGAUUCACAAGACGAGGACGAUGGGGAGACGGCUGUCGAGAGACAGCGCAGAUUAGCUGUUCUGGCAGGUCAGAGCGAUGAAGAUGCUGGCGAGACUCCUGCCGAACGACGACGCAGAGAAGCAGCGCUGGGCAUGAGCUCAAAUGGUGGGGGGGACGACUCAGAUGACGAAGGCGGUGAGAGGGUGCCGCCGGCGAGGAGAGGCAUUCGUUUUGCAGACAGCGCAGUGAAGCGAGCAGGCAAAUAA